GGUCUGUCCUGAUAAGGCACAGACAUAGCCAUCUCAUACUGGGCUUGUGCAACAGGGCUGAAAUAUUAACCUCAAGCUCCGCCCGUCCGGUUCUCUCUACUGAUAAAAUCGAGCAACCAGCAGGCGUGACGGGAACUUUCCUCGCAGUGUUUACAGGUCAGGCUCUUCCUCGCUUUACCCUGUUGUGUCUGCACCAGGUCUGCACAUCUAACAACGACCUGCAGUGACAGCGUCCCACACAGCCCGAGGCACAAUGGAAUGCUGUGGACUACUUACUGCCCAGAAGGAACCAGUUCCCCUGAAGAGCAUUGAGGUGGAGCUGGAGGUGAGGGACCAUGUGGCGACAGUGGUCUCCACUCUGAACUACGAGAACAAGGAGGACAAACCUCUGGAAGCUGUUUUCGUCUUCCCUCUGCCUGGAGAUGCUGCUGUCUGUCACUUCAGUGCUCAGAUUGGACAGACACAGAUUGUAGCUGAGGUGAAGGAGAAACAGAAGGCUCGUGAGGAUUAUGAUGAUGCGCUGAGCUCCGGUCAGCAGGCCUUCCUGUUGGAGGAGAGCGAGCAGAGUCCAGAUAUAUUCACUUUGAGUGUGGGCAGUCUGCCUCCAGGAGAGAGCGCCUCCAUCAGGCUGGAGUACGUCACUGAGCUGGCUGUGCAGGCGGAUGAUGGGCUGAGGUUUUGUCUGCCUGCUGUGCUCAACCCUCGCUAUGAACCUCAGGGUUCUGAAGGUGCUGGUGUGCAGGUGACCUCUGUUCCAGCCUCUCUGGUUCCCUACAUUCUGUCCUUUUCGGUCCGAGUGUCGUCUUCUCGUCCAAUCUCCAAAGUCGAGUCCAGCUGCUCUCUGGAGUCUCUCCAGUACGUCAACGCAGAGCAGACGCAGGCCAGGGUCAAGUUGGCUGCAGGACACAAGUUUGACAGAGAUGUUGAGCUGCUGAUUUAUUACAGAGAUGCUCACAAGCCCACUGCUCUGGUGGAGGCAGGACAAGCCUCUGCCAAACCUGGGAGUCUGAUGGGCGAUCCAGUCCUGAUGCUGAGCCUGUACCCUGAGUUCCCCAAGUCUGUGAUGUCUUCACUCGCCUCACGUGGAGAGUUUGUGCUUCUACUGGAUCGAUCUGGGAGUAUGGAUUGUCCAACAAGUGACACCAAGCAGCAAGAAUCUCGAAUUGCCAGUGCCAGGGAUACUCUACUGCUCCUGUUGAAGAGCUUACCAAUGGGCUGCUACUUCAACAUCUACAGUUUCGGCUCCGGCUUUGAACACAUCUUCCCUAAGAGUGUGGAGUACAGUGAGAAGAACUUAGAAGAGGCUCUGAAGAAAGUCGAAGCGAUGCAGGCGAAUCUGGGAGGAACAGAGAUCCUUGAACCCAUCAAACACAUUUACAGCCAGCCCUGCAUUCCUAAUCAACCUAGACAAGUUUUUGUCUUCACUGACGGAGAAGUGUUCAACACCAAAGAAGUGAUUGAUCUGGUGAAGAAGAAUUCAGGUUCCCACAGGUGUUUCUCUUUUGGGAUCGGGGAAGGGGCCAGCUCUGCUCUUAUCAAUGGGUUGGCCAAGGAAGGAGGAGGUCACGCUCAGUUCAUCACAGGGGCUGAUAGGAUGCAACCUAAAGUGAUGCAGUCUCUGAGAUUUGCUUUACAGCCAGCCGUGGAGGACAUCUCAGUCACGUGGGAUUUACCAAAGGGAGUGUCUGUCACUGUUCUCUCCCCAACAAUCACAACCAUUUUCCAGGGUCAGAGGUCACUGAUUUAUGCGCAGCUCAGUGGACAGAGUUCAAAGGCAGCAGAGGGCGGUGUGACGGUGAAGUACAGCCUGGCAGGUUGUCCCUCUGAGAACAAGCUACACUUCUCUCUCAAACCUGCUGAGGACACUGGAUUAACAGUCCACAGGCUAGGUGCUCGGAGUCUGAUUCGUUCCCUGGAGUUGGACGAAAGAGAUGGCGAGGGACAGCAUGACGAGGGGGUGAAGGGGAAGGUGGUGGAGCUCAGUGUCCAAUCAGGAGUGAGCAGUUCCUUCACAGCCUUCAUUGCUGUCAACAAAGGCAACUAUGAGCCGAUUCAAGGACCUCUGAUGCGCAGAGCUAUACCAACACCCAGGAUGUAUUUGAUGGCACCCAUGGCUUGCUGUUUCAUGUCUGCACCUUCUACUAUGGCCUUUGUUAAUUUCUCCUUAAACAAAGCAGACUGUGGUGGCCUGGCUCUCGAAAGUGCAGCGUUUGAAGAUUGUGAUGACAUCUGCCUUGAAGUUUUUUACCCAGAGUCAGACUACGUUGACGAAGUCGCUGAACCAAUAAAGCAGCCACCCAGAGACCCUUUGCUGCAGCUGGUCUCCCUGCAGAAAGCGUCUGGCUGCUGGCUGCUUGAUCCAGCUCUGGCUGCUGCUGUGGGAAAGACCAGCGAGGAGGUGGAGAACACAAAGCCUUCAGCUGUGAACCAGGAAGUGUGGGCCACCAUUCUGGCUCUGAUCUGGCUUCAUGGAUUCAAGAUGGAUGCUAAGGAAGAGUGGGAGCUUCUGGCUAUGAAGGCUGUGUCCUGGCUCCGUGCUCAGAACGCACCAAGUGUGGCAGAGUGUGUGGUAGCUGCAAGCACACUAUUGGGUUUCAGUGUGCAGACAAACGACCUGGGGCUCUGAGGAUUUCAUUAAACUGCCUUCCUUUUCUUCUUCCGGAUUAAAAGCAUGACCAUAGACAUAUACUGUAUACAUAGGGCCGCAUUGGCCAACUGGCUCGUACACCAGCGUCGCCACCAUUUUGGACUGGGAAAGAGCGGCCUGUAAACGCACGCACGUUAGGGGGAGCUCCGUUUGUCUGUAUAAAAAAUACUUUUACAUUUUAAUUUCAACUGAUGUCGACAAUUUGUUUUCAAGGGUUUGUGAUCUACGUGGGUUUUGUCUCCAGUUAUUUAGAAUCAAUAGUUUGACUUGUAGUAUAGGCAAGAAUCAGUAUUUAUUUGAAUAUGGACAAAUUGAAAAUCAGCAUAUACCUACCUACGACUUCCACAGAUGUCUGUCUGUCUGUCUGUCUGUCUGUCUGUCUGUCUGUGGGAUGCAUAUUUCUAGGACCCUUCAUCUCAUCGGCUUCACACUAGCCAUAUGUCUUGUCCAUUCAGUCUGUGGGCCAAGUUGAACUUGUACUCAUCUAAACUUCGGAUUAUAGACAGCAGCAGUGUCAAUAUCCUUCCAAAAAGAUCAAUUUGAUAAUUUGAUAAUUUAUUUUUUCACAAUAUUGGACUGACACAGAUGUUCCCCGGUGUUGUGGCUGCUGAUCUCCACUUGGGCAACAACAUUUAUAUUCAUAGAAUCACUUCCUUUUCAGUUUUUUUUCUACAAAGUCUAGAUUUGAUUAAUUGCAGCAAUGCUUUAUAUCGAGUGAAACAACAGUGCUUUAAUUUUGAAAAAGUCAGUAAUUCACAUUAAAUUAAGUUUGACGUGGACACACUCCUCUCUGUCUAGCAGUGAUGAUAUCUGAACAAUUGACAUUUAAAUGAGAAUUUUUCAUUUGUUUUCCAUGUAGAUCACAAAACUCAUCAAUACAAAAAGCAGCUAAUUGAAAUCAGCUGGAAUUUAAACCUUAUUGUGUUUUUUUCCCAGACAGACUGCGGCUGGUAUGUGUUAACAGGGCAGUCUUGCCUGGUCCAGUAUGGCAGAUGCAUUGACACAUUAUAGCAACAGUAAUUAAUAAUAAUUAUUUGCACUAUCCACUUCAGUAGUAGUGUGUGCCUAAAUGUAUUCACAUUAUUCUUCAUCUGUUCAGAAUUGACCAUAUAACAAAACAAAGAAUUGUUCAUCUGUUGCACCUUUAAUGUUAACCUUUUUUUAAAUCAGAAACUGUUACACUGUAUUAUUAAAGUUGAAUCUUACAGCCCGAAA